GGCGUAGAGAGUCAACUACAGCAGAUGCUCCUCUCACCAACACACGGAGCACAAGAGCGGCAUGGAUUUCCGUGAUUCCCGUUGCUUCAUCCUUGAUGCCAUAGGUAGCCUACUCCAUCCUGACGCACGUCGGGCAAGCUCUUAGUAGCGUUCCUAGCCGUUAGAAUCCGAAGUCAGCCUACUUCCUCUUGUUUCUACUUACGCUUGCCUACUACCCUCCCUAAACUCCGUUGCCUCGCACUUGGUCGAGCGGUUUAGGCGCUUAGUCCGCGGCAGCGGAAGCCUAUCGGGAUAUGGGCAUGGAGGCCAUGGAAGCGUCGGAUAGCGCAGGAGGCGACUCUAACGGAUUCGUGGAUCUGGGAAGCAUUCUUGGCGGAGAUCGAUGGACAUACGUCAACGAUGACCUGACAGCCAGCACGGGGAGCAACAGUAGCGCGUCUGGUGCUAUUCCUGGCGGGGCUUCCCCAUCCCAUGAGUUCCUGCAGGUUACAGGGGGGGACGCGCAGGUGGCGAACGCCUACAGGGGGGACAACGCUCAUACGACUUUUCCCUGCACCACCGGCAUCCACAUCAGCGGCACCGGCGGCGUCAGCAGCAGCAGCAGCAGCCGGUGGGACGGCGGGUUCUUUCGCUUGGACGGGCGGAGCUCGGUCUUCUCCGCUGUGCCCUGGCGAGGAGCGCCUGACAGUGCCGGUAUUGGCGGCGAUGGUGCUCAUGCUGUUGCAGGCGGGCCCAGGGGGCUGUCGCAGAGUGUCUCCUUCGCGUUUGAUGCCGCGGCGAGUACUGCGGGUAUGGGUGCCGGUGGUGUGGCGUCUGCUGGUCUCGGUUCUCACGGCCGUGCUGGGGCAUGGGCCGCGCAGAACCGCCUGGGGUGCAGUAUGGCGGACGGCAAGGACUUGGCGGGCCAGCCUGGCGGUGGUAGCGCCAGCUGCGGCAGCAGCAGCAGGAUUGGCGCGGCUAAUGCGGUGUCGAACGACGGUGGCGGGUUAGCUGGAGCAGCAGGGGGGGGUGGGAGUGCGGGGGAAGCGACUGUGAACAGCAGCAGCAAUAGCAGGAGCGGCGGUGGUGGCGGCGGCGGUGGUGGCGUAGCAAGCAGUGGGAGAUGUGCGUUUCCCUGGUGCAGCUCAGCUCGUGACGCCCUGCCGUCCCUGCUGCCCACGGAACAAGUGGUGCUGGAGGAGCCCAAUACCCUGCUGGUCAACACGGACACCACAGGCCACCUCCUGCUCACCUCGCUCCGCCUCCUCUUCCUCUCCGCCUCCCCCUCUCCCGCCGCCCUGCCGUCCUCUGCCUACCCCGCCUCCCCACCGUCUGCGCUGUCGCCUCACCCCCUGGGCUCGGUGUUCUUCCCUGUGAUCGACCGGGUCACCAAACUGCCCCCGGGUCGUCUGGCACACAGCAGGGACCAGCUGCUACAGGUGCACACCAAGGACGCUCGAGUGCUGGUAUACGCUCUGCCUCCUCGCAUGUGCCGGCAGGUGCCACCUUUGUUUGACACCAUCAUUCACCUGCUGCCUCGCUCACUGCUCGAGCUGCCGGUCUUCCACCCACCCCUUGCUGCGCUCGCCACGCCCACUGCCGCCGCCACCAGCACCACCAGCACCACCAGCACCACCAGCAGCACCAGAAGUGGCAACAGCAGUAGCAGCAGCAGUGUGGGCAAUCUGGAGGAGGCUGGUCUCUCACCCACGGCACGGGCCUCGUACGGUGCUGGCGCUGCCACUCCUCCCCGCGCCUGCACACCCCCACUGCCAUCGCCACCAGCAGCAGCAGCAGCAGCAGCAACACCAGAGCUAGCAGCAGCAGGAACACCGUCAUUACCAGCAGCAUCAGCAUCAGCAGGUGCGGCUAUGCAUGCAGUGGGCGUGUGGGCAGCGCACGAGCCGUCAGCAGUUAUAGUGGCGGAGUACACGCGAGUGCUGGCCAUGCUGCCAGAGCAGUGGCGGCGCCUGUGGCAGAUCAGCCGGGUCAACGCCUCCUACGCUGCCUGCUCCUCCUACCCGCAGCGCCUGCUCCUGCCCUCCUCCAUCAGUGACGAGGACGCCAUGGCAUCUGCCGCCUUUCGAGCCCGAGGCCGCUUUCCUGUCAUGUGCUGGCAGCACCCAGGCAAUGGCGCUGUGCUCAGCCGUGCAGCGCAGCCGCUUGUGGGUAUCCUUUCCAACAACCGAAGUGAUGCGGAUGAGCGCCUGGUUGCAGCGCUUGCUGGCCCUGCUCUCCCUGGGGACAGCUUCAGGCGGCUAGUGGUGGCGGAUGCACGGCCGCGCAAGAACGCCAUAGCGAAUGGAGCCAUGGGGGGUGGCUAUGAGUCAUCUGCCAACUACCGCGGCACAGAGGUGGUGUAUCUGGGCAUCGACAACAUCCAUGCAGUGCGGGACAGCAUGAACCGCCUGCGAGAGUACCUGGACACGCACGGCUCUGCCUGCUCUGAUGGCUCCUCCUCGCUCCUCAGGAGUGGCACGGGAGGGUGGACGGGAGGGUCGGUGAGUGGGACGUCGCAGGUGGUGGGCGCGCUGGUGGACUCGUGCUGGCUGCAGCACUGUCACUCGCUGCUCUCCGGCGCCGUCUUCAUCGCUGCACAGAUCGCCCUGCAGGGCAACUCCGUGCUUGUGCACUGCAGUGAUGGGUGGGAUCGCACACCCUCUCUCAUUGCCCUAGCAAUGCUGUUGCUGGACCCCUACUACCGCACCUUCCACGGCUUCCAGUCGCUAGUGGAGACGCAGUGGGCGGCGUUCGGCCAUCCCUUUGCUGACCGCCUGGGCGUGCCAGCAGACCCCCCCACCGCCUCCUCCUCCUCCUCUCGCACGAACCCCGCUCUCUCCCUCGCCGCUGCUGCCGCUGCCGCAUCAGCACGACCUCCCCAAGCGCCUGUUUCUGGGGGAGCAGUCUCGGGGUCUGCUGCUGCUGCGGGUGCAGGGUGUGGUGCUGCUGGGUGUAGUGCGGCUGGUCAUAGUGUAAAUAGCUCAACUGGUGCGACUUCCAGUGCUGCUGCUGCUGCUGCUGCCGGUGCAGCGGGGUACGGGGGUGCCUCCCUGUCAUCGCUGUCAGCAUCGGGGUUCCCUGUGGCGAGCAGCAGCGUGGCGGGAUCGACCUUCCAGGCCAACAGCAGCACCAACCAGUCGCCUGUGUUCUUCCAGUGGAUUGAUGCUGUGGCGCAGCUGCUGCGCCUCUUCCCACGCGCCUUUGAGUUCUCCACGGCGUUCCUAGUGGACCUGCUAGACAGUGUGCUGUCGUGCCGCUUUGCCAACUUUCUCUGCAACAGCGACAAGGAGCGCAUGGCCGCAUGCACCUACCACUCCUCCUCCACCCGCACCCAUGCCGCCCACUCGCCCGCAUCCCUCCCGCCCUGGUGUGUGUGGGAGCACCUCAGACGCACGAGGGAGCCCUCCUGUCCCUCCUCCCCCUCCCCCUCCUCUGCUGCUGCUGCUGCUGCAGGGGAUGUGGGGAGUGGUGGUAGUGGGGGCGAUGGAAGGGGAUGGCAGGUGGACGCAUCUGUUGAAGCAUCUGCUGGUCUCUGUUGCCCUCUGAGCCACCCGCAUGUCAACCCCCUCUACUCCCCCUCUUCCAUCUUCGCCACCGCUGCUCCCCCUGCUACUGCUCCUGUUCCUGCGCCUGCUACGGCUACCACAUCCGCAAGCACCACUAGCACAAGAAGUGGCACUAACAGCUGCCCCCUGGCACUUAUUCGCCCUGUGUCCUGCCCUCCUGCUCCAAUACGCCAUAUCUCUCUCUUCCCCCCAUCCCCUCCGUCCCCCGCCAUUCUCCUCCCCCCUGCUGCCUCUCUUGCCCCCGUGCUCCUGCCUGAGCUCUACCUUCGCUGGUGCUGCCCGGCUGCUGUUCCGCCCCUCCGCUCCCUCCUCUCUUCCUCCCCUCCUCUUCCACCUUCAACUGCUGCGGCUGCUGCUGGUAGUGGUGGUGGCAUUGGAAGCAUGGAGUGUGUAGGAGGGUUCGAGCCUAUGGCGUCUUCUCUUCUGCUGGAUGGGAGGGGAGGAGGAGGGGAAGGAGGGGGGGGAGCAGCAGCGGCGGCGGCAGCAACGGUGUCUUUGCUGUCCUCCAGUUGCCAUGCUGCUGUGCUGCACUCAAGUGGGAGUCCGCAGCGGCAGCACAGUCACCAGCCACACCGCAAGCGCCAGCACCAGCACCAGCAUCACCAGCAGCAGCAGCAGCAGCAGCAGCAGCAGCAGCAGCAGCAGCAGCAGCAGCAGCAGCAGCAGCAGCAGCAGCAGCAGCAUGAGCACGUCAAGGGGUGGGUGGCUCGGGGCGAGCCGGUGCAUUGGGACUCUGUAGCCGCUGAAAUCCGGCGCCUCUACCACUCGCACCGACUCAUUGAAGCGGAAUGUGCAUCACUACAGGGUGCAGUGGAGGAAUCCUGGCAAGGCAUGCAGCAGCUGCAGCAGGCUCUGCAGGAGAGUGAGAGCAGGCGAGCAGAGGCCGAGAGGCGCAGGGACGAAGCAGAGAGAGAAAAUGCGGACCUUCGCAGGAGCCUUGCCAAUCUGCAGCAGUCCCAGGAGGUCAUGUUAGCAGCAGUGUGCCAGGAAGCAGCGUCGGCUGCUGCUGCUGCCGCCUUCUCUGCUGCUGGUGGGGAGGGUUCUGCUGCUUCCGCGUCUGCUGCUGCUGCUGUCCGGUCGCGCAUGGCUUCGUUCUCGCGUUUCCCAUCGUUUGCUUCUGCAGCAGCAGCGGCAACGGCAGCAGCAGCGGCAGCAGCAGCUGCUGCAGGUGGGUUGCGCUACGCCUUGCCAACAGGUGCUCGGAGAUCACAGAGCAUUUCCUCUGAUGCCAGGUCUGGUGCUACUGGUGGUGCUGCUGCUGCUUCUGCUGAUUCUAUCGAAGCCAGUAGUCUCUCCAGCCACAAUCAUGCAGUGGGAUUGGGAGAGGCACUUCGCCUUGAAACAGGCAGCAGUGGUGGUGCCACAUCCCCUGCACCCACCACUCCGCCCUUCCUCCCCAACCACGCUGCUUCAUGGAGCCCCUGCUUUGGAUCAAAAGGGGGAGUUCCCACCUGCCCCAGUUGUACCCGCCCUCUCAUGGUUGUAGCACCAGGAGAGAACGAGGUAGAUGAGGGGGGAAUGGGCCAGGAAGGUGGGGGGCGAAGAGGCGGUUUGAGGGGAGAAGGGGUGGAAGGGAGCAGUGCAAGAGCGCGGGAGGACGGGGAGUGGGAGGAGGCGAUAGAGGGGUUGCAUUACGAGUGCCUGUGGUGUGGCCUGAGUGCCUCUGGCUGCCGCAAGGCGUCUGGAAGCUGGACGGCGGCUGCAGAACUCGAUAGCGGGGCGGUGGGAGGGAGCUGCAGGGGGAAGGAUUUUGAGCAGCUGGUGCAGCAGCAAAGGCAGCAGGGGCAGCAACCACAGCAGCUCAACAAGGGGCUGGCGUGGUCGGCUGGAGGUGCACAUACUACAAGUGGUGAAGCAGCCCAGGGUAAGCUCUAUGCUGGUGGUAAUGGCGGUAACACCAGCAGUGCCACUACGACAGGCAGUGUGAGCAAUGGCCACGGUGUGGUAUGCUCCAUGCCGCUGCCUGCAUUUGUCCGAGCGGAUUUUGAUGCGCUGAGAUGUGGGCCCAUCCCCGACUACGUGGGCUCCCUCUCUUCGUCCUCGUCCCACUCUGCGGGUGCUGCUGCUAUGUGAAAUAUCUGAAGCCUGAGCAACUCAAGCCAAUGGCUCAAGCCAUUGGAGGACUGCAGCUGCCAGCUUCAGGAUUUUCCAUGUUGGAGGUUGGAACCGAUUGGACUAGAGCAGGUGCUUGCUAGUGCAAGCAAUACACACGAUGUGAAGCAGUACUGUUUUCCGUAGGAGCUCUCCUUCCAUGUGCAAUUAUUUCAUGCGGCAGUUGUGAUUGAUUUCAUUGUGUUCUAGUUUUGCAUAAUGGGAAAGCUU